AAAUGGGGUGGGCCCCCAUUCACACUCAUUGAACCAAAGAGACAAAAGCACUAUCCUCACCCUCUUUCUCCCUCAUUUCGGCCAGCCCACACCCAGCAUAACCAAGGAAACACUCCAGCCAUUUUCUCCAUUGUUGAAGGGAGCUCAAACAAGAAGGAAAUUCAAGAAAAAGAUAGUUAAAGUGCUAAAAGUGUGUAGAAGAGAAGGGUUGAAAGAGUCGCCGGAGUUGUCGCCGGAGUUAGUCAAAAGUCGCCGGAGUUUCGUCGGAGUUCAACAAAAAGGGGUAGAACUUUAUAGCGCCAAUUCGAGUUUCAGGUAUGGGAUAAAGCUCGCCGCUAUCAAAGCCCGUUGCUUGAGAAGCUCGAGGAGAGAAGACAUGAAAUGGAACCAAUUGGAAGAAUCACUAGGAGGAACCCGACGGGCCGUGCACCGGGUGGGUCUGAGCGCGAUAGCCGGGGGUCCCCUAGGGGAUCAAGAGGAAGGGGCCGUGGAGGCCAACAACAAACCGUGAGCGAUGGCCACGUCGAGACGGAAAGUGAGACCUAUUGGUCUUAUGAGGACUCAACCUACCGGCCGGAAACAGAGCCGGUUGAGACCCCUUAUGAAGGGGAUGAUGAUGACAUAAGCGAUGAGGAGGAGAAUGGCUCCUUGGCUAGGAUUGAAGCACUGCUCCAACAAUACCAUCGGGAGCGCGAGGAAAGGAGAGAACGCCGGAGGCGCCGAGCGGGACAACCUUCGGGCAUGGCUUCGAGAGGAGGGAGCCAUGUUGCUUCUAGAGCCCAUGUUGCACCACAUGGGGUCCAAAGUGAUGGAGGUCCGACCAUAAGGAUCUCAAAGUUUAUCAAAGAGGCGAGGGACUUGGGGUGCAAGCCGUUCGAUGGGACGGGGGACAUCUCAGUUGCCGCGCAAUGGAUCAGGAGGCUGAACGAUGCAGCUCUUGACAUGCAACUCACGCCCGAUCUCAAACUGAGAAUCGCGGUGAGACUACUGGAGGGGACUGCAUCCAAGUGGUGGGAUGGAGUCAAGGGCAAGUAUGCUGGGAACGUCACUUGGGAAGAGUUCAGGCAGGAAUUCUUUGCCCAAUAUUACUCUGAAUUUGAAGUCAACGCAAAGGUGAGAGAAUAUACUCUUCUGACCCAAGGUGGUAACAUGACCGUGAAGGAACUGGAGAACAAGUUCAGAGACCUUGCUGACCACAUACCGGAGUAUUCUUGUGAUGAGAACCGCAUGGUGAACCGCUUCUGGGAGGCCCUGGACUUGGAGAUACGCGAUAGGGCAACUCAAUUGCCUAACAUGACUUUUGCUCAAGUGGUUGGGCAAGGCUUGAAGGGCGAGAAACAAUGGGAGGAGAGGAAGAAAAGAGACGCCGAGGAGGCGAAGAAAAGGAAGUGGGAAAGCCAUGGCCCCCAAGGUCCUAACAAAAAAGGGAACCAUGGGGGAGGAGGGUCGUUUAGAGCACCGGCACCGCCAUCCAAGGGAAACCCAGCCCUGAGCGGGCACAACUCGGGCCCACAAGCCUCAACGACGCCCAGGUGCAGGAAUUGCAACCAGAGCCACACCGGUAAGUGUCGCGACCCACCGCGGUGCUACCAAUGUGGAGAUGCGGGGCAUAUUAAGCCAAAUUGCCCUCAACUUGGUGGGAACCGAGGGGCGGGAUCGAGUGGCGCUACUAUGGCAAGUAGGAACCGAACGGGGGCACCUCAUGCUAGUACGGGGCAAGGGGGAGCGAGCACAAGCAAUGCACCAUCCGUGAAUCAGGGGAGGUCUCAAGCGCGGGUGUAUGCGAUGACCGAGGCUGAUGCUCGGGCUAACCCCGACUCCGUUGCGGUUUCAGGUAUGGGAUAAAGCUCGCCGCUAUCAAAGCCCGUUGCUUGAGAAGCUCGAGGAGAGAAGACAUGGUUCGUGCUUCCUCCGUUUCCAUUUUAAAACAUUUAAAUAAAUACUCAUGGAUAUUAUUUUGAAUAUUUACUUGGGCUUGUAUGCCCAUGUUGCCACGUGUGGCUUGAAUACUUGUAUUAAUGUUCCGCUGCGUAAUUAAAUAUUUUACAUUAUGGUUGUUUAUGG